GUUACGUUAUGUCCCAGAUCGAAUCCUCCGGAUCAGACAAAGAUUGAUCAAAGAUUGCCAUGUGAAAAAGAAUUAAAGGAUAAGUUACCUAGAAAAAUUCAAAAAAAUUGUAACAAGAUUAAUAAUAAACCAGAGACGGAAUAUCGUUGACAAUAGUGUUUGUUUAAAAGAUGUUGACAGUGAUUUAUCAUCGUCUAUAAAAACGAAUGAACGAAUGAAGGAUGAUCCAAAUGAAAGAACGCAGAAUAAUUUGUGCAUAAAUUCAGUGCCACAGGUAUUGGUUGCAAUCCCAGAUCCGGUGACUAACGAGAUUAAAAAUAUUCUGAUGCCAAUUGAAACGAGAGAUGCCUCUGGAUUGAACGUAAUUAAAAGUGUCCUUGUACCCAUUCGUGACUCGAAUGGUGUUAUAUCGUACAAUAUUAAAAAAGUAAUGGUGCCUAUCAAACCGGAAUUAAAUUUGUGCCAGCCAUCGAAAGUCGAAAACAAGUCGAAUAUAAGUAAACCUGUCAAAAAUGAGGAAAAAGAAGACGAACGAAUAUUAAUAUCAAACAAGAAUGAAACAAAAAUAAAUGACGAAAUAACGUUAGACGUUAAGAAUAAUGUGCAACAUUCUUCAUUGGAAGAAGCAAGGAAAAAUUUAACGAAAGAUGAGGAAGAGGAGAAUACAGAAUCGCAAAUAAUAUCUAUUCAAGAAAGCCAAAAAGAAGAGACGGAUCAAAUAUUAGAAACUUUGAAAAAUGUUUGCCCGGUAUGUCAAAAAGUAUUCAAGAGUGAGAACAUGAUGCAAAGGCACGUGCGCAAGUUUCACGAGAAGACGUAUCCUUGUGACAAAUGUAACAAAUGUUAUCCAUCAAAAUUAUCACUGGAAGAACACAAAAAGUCGCACGAAGAUGAUUCUUACUUACAAUGUUCCAUGUGUCACUUAAAAUACAAACGUAAGAUAGGCUUAAAGUAUCAUCAGAUUCGUGUGCACAGUAACGUGGAUCCAAAAUUCAUGUGCGAUUAUUGCGGGAAACAAUUCAAAUUGAAACUGGAUCUGAGUGUCCAUAUCGAAAAAAUACACAUGGGAAUCGCCCAUAUCUGUAAAAUAUGUGGCAAGGUAGUAAAAAAUAUCACGCACCACGAGUGGCAGCACGACAGGGCAGCCAAGAAAGUCGUUUACAAAUACAGUUGCGAUCUUUGUCCAAAAAAAUUCACGACUCGUAACAAUUUAGACAACCAUUUGCUUAUGCACAAAGACGGAUUCAAAUGUACUCUUUGCGACGAAGUUUUCUCUUCGCCAUUUGCACUUGGCAGCCAUAAGAGCACGAAACACAGACCUGGCGCCACCUGCCCUAUUUGCGAGAAAGCUUUCAACAGUACCAGUAAUUUUUAUCAACACGUGCUCACCCAUGCUGGAGUCAGACCGUAUAAAUGUGACAUUUGUGGAGAAGAUUUUACGCAAAGAUCCAGUGUUCUGAGACACCGAAAGACUCAUCCUGGACCUCUUCCUCCUUUAACAGAUCCUACUCCUAUCGCGGAUACUGCUAGGAAGAUAUUGGAACAACUUUCGAGUGCUUGACUUGUUAACGUAUUUAUAAUGUGCAACUAUAUUGUUGUGAACAACGUUAAUUUUGUUUUAAAGGAUUUAUCGAGAAGCAUGAAGAGAAAUGGAUGCAUUUUGAAAAUACAUGGUGCUUCUGAGUAAAUAUUGUAGUACAAAGUUUGGAAGAAGAUGUAAGAUCUUUGUGAUAUGGUAAUUGAACAUAGCAGCGUAUGUGUCAAGAAUCGUUACCUUAGUAUCGAUUGAUUUUAUCGUUUCAUUGUUAAUGAAAUUUAACAUUUGUGAAAUAUUCUAUUCUUGAGACUGAUUUUGAUUUCUUUUUUAUAUA